UUGCAAGAUAAGAGACGCAGCAAGAGCGAAGGAGAGAGACAGAAGAAACUAUCACGUGUGACAGGAUGAGGGAAAAAUAAUUUUAUAUUAAUGCAUCGAGAUAUGAAAGGGACCACAUGAACGACUGCAGGUGAAGACGGUUCAGACCGAGGGAAACUGGAGCGGUAUUCUAUUUGAAAGGAGUCUACGUUUGAUGGGGGAAACUGAAGAACUUCUAGCACACUUAUACCACUGCUGUAGAUACCCCAAAUCUUUAGAGAGCGGAGCAAACUUCAACCACUAACGCAAUGACCAUUUUCCUUUCAACUGCCUCCCCCCCAACCACUCUGACCUCAGUGUUCUCUAACUUUUCGCCCAGUUUUGUUUCAGCCACUUCUGCUUCUAUGUGGAACGCUUCGUUCACUGAUGUCGGCCCUUCGAAUCAAACAUGCGAGCUGGACGGUUCGCCUCUACGCCUGCCGCUGGCAGCCUUCUACUCCUUCGUCUUCAUUUUCGGGCUGGUGGGGAACCUGUUCGCUCUGUGGGUCUUCCUGUCUCUACACUCGCGCCGAAACUCCGUGCGGGUGUUCCUCAUCAACUGCGCCGUGGCUGAUCUGAUCCUGCUGGCGUGUUUGCCCUUUAGGGUGUUCUACCAUCUAAAUAAAGACAAUUGGGUGCUGGGACGCGUGACCUGCAAAUUAGUGGGAACCACCUUCUACAUGAACAUGUACAUCAGUAUAGUGUUGCUGGGGUUCAUCAGCCUGGACAGAUACUUGAGGAUGAGGGGGAAAGGCCGAGAACGGAGGGGUAUGAGGUUGAGGUUGUUGGGGCGUAGACAACCUUGGAGCUGGGUGGCCUGUGGAGCUCUGUGGGCAGCGUCACUGACGGGAGCGUUGGCGCUGAUCUCAACACCAAACAAGGAAGCGUCCAGUGGCAAAUGCUUCCAAUACAAGAAAAUAACGAACUGGACAGCCUACUUCAACCUUAUGGUGGUGCUGCUGUUCUGGUUCAUCUUCAUUCUCCUCGUGGUUUCUUAUGUCAGAAUUGCCUCUAAGCUGCUUUAUUUGUCCAAGAACAAGCCAGACCUUCCAAAUGCACAGAAAUAUAAACGGACCGCCAAGAAGUCCUUCUUUGUCCUGUUUCUGUUCACCAUCUGUUUCGUACCCUACCACGCCUUCCGCCCGUUCUACAUCCUCACCCAACUCGACUACUUUAAGUCCUGUUCCACAUUAAGGAUCGUGGACCAUACCAACGAGAUCAUGCUGUUAUUCUCAGCCUUCAACAGCUGCCUCGAUCCUGUCAUGUACUUCCUGCUGUCUGGAUCAGUGCGCAAAACGGCUCUGCGAGUACUCGGACACCGUCUGGGCACCCGUCUACCUUUCCUUAAUGAUGCAACGUCAAACAGCUCUACAAUUGAUAACAGACGGACAUCUGUGCCACUGGCUUUAUCGGCGCAAGUUAUCCACAACCCUUCACUCACACCCAGUACCAGCUUCAGUGUUGUCAACUCCAACCUCCACCGUGCAGGAAUGACUACGCUGCAAUCGACUGCUCAACAGUGAAGUCUGUUGGGCUUCUCAGGUGUGCACCAACACCAAAAGCAAGAAUCCCGGACGUAGGAUGGACUAAACAUUAAGAAAACUGAAUUCAGCUACAUUUGUUGCAGUUCCUGCUGCAUUCUGAGGUUCCCGUCUAAACUCGAAUGUUUAAGUGAAAUUGACUUACAUUUUUUUAUUUGACAACAGAGGAGUUGUCUAGUAAACAAUCUGUUUUUGGCUCUUAGCUGCCACCGAUCUGCAGAAAAUCAUUACGAUGAAGGGAAAAGCAACAUCAUAAUGUGUUAUAUCUAUAAAUAUACAGUGAUCCCUCGCUACUUCGCGGUUCAUUUAUCGAGGAUUCACGACUUCGCAGAUUUUUUCUUUGAAGCCUUAUUCAAGGGAAAUUUGCAAUUCGCGUUAUUUUUCUAUGCGAAAUAUCAAGAAAUUCCUGUUUUUUUCAUCAAUUUCAUCAUAAAAUGCACUUUUUGUAAUAAAACUAUAAAAAAACAAGUAAAAAUUGUAAAGGGAGGGUUUUAAAAGUCUGAAUACUGAAUACGUACCUGUUAAAUAAAUACUGUAAAUAUGGUGUUCCUACUUUGCGGAUUUUCACCUAUCGCGGCCAGGUCUGGAACGCAUCUACCGCGAUAAACGAGGGAUCACAUUAAUUCUAAGAAGUUUGUUUCUUUUUAUCUUCUGGUUUCAAAGAUCUCAUUCACUCAUUUUUUAUUAAAUCUGCUGUGAUCUCUAGUAUCUAUUGUUUUCUGUGGACAAAAGCUCUGGUGCUCCUGUUUCAGAAGAAGUUUGUUGAAGGAGUGGGCUGGAAAACGACAGGAUUUGGAGUCUUACUCAUCAACAUUCGUGAUAUGCAAACGUCUUGUGCUUUUGAUUGGCUAACAGCACCCUGAGUCUUCCACUGCCUCCGUUUGCUCUUGGGUUAAAAAAAUGCAACGUUGAUGUGUUAUCUCCACAAAUAACCACAAGCCUGAAGGUGUCCCACCAUGUUGUAGAGUUGCGAAUGGUUCCAAUAGUCGAGAAGCACUUUCUCUCCUCUUCCUGUGGGCGGUUCCAAGCCAAGGUGGGCAGGGCCAUGUAUACCAAUUUUCCCUGUGAUAUAGAAGAGACUGGCUUUUCGGCCCAAUGGUUUUUCUGUGUUUUCGGUUUGCGGCUAAUGCAGGUGAUGGUAUGUUCAGCACGCAUGUGCGACUCAGAGACUGAUCGUAUUUCAAAAUGAAUAAGUAGGGAUGUCCCGUUCCGAUAUGAAACACUAUCGGAUUAUAUUGGACUGAAUCAAAAAUCUCCAAUAUAAGCGGCCCAUUAAGGUUCACAUUUUUGCAUUAACAUUAAGGUUGUCAUUAUUUUCAUACUUACCGUUACUGGAUCUUGUUCUCCGAUUGAGUAAUAUCACCUGAUCAAGCCUUUGAUACAUUCCACACUAAAAUACAGGUAAAAGUAUGUUUGAUUUGUGCCGAUAUCGUAUCAGAUUGAUAUUGGUACUGGUCAAUACUGAAUUGGUAUCGUAUCGGAAAUGAAAAAGCUGUAUUGGGACAUCCCUAUAUUAUAAGUAUGACACGGUUUCUAUGGUAACUAGCAUUUUUAAAGUUACUGAAUCCAUUUUGGGUAUUUUCUAGGGAUGCAUAAAAAAUUUGACCCACCGAAAUUUUUCAGUCGAAAAUGACCGAAACCCGCAUUUUUGAUUUUCAACCGAAAGUCCUUAAUCAUUGAAACAAAAUGGCCGAAAUAGGACAUUCGGUGAACCUCGUUUUUGUUUCAUCUCGCUUUGCCCUCAUGUGGCAACUUGCUUCUUGAUUCAUAAAAAAAGAACAUUCGUACUCAUUUCAAAAGUAAUGAUUUUCCAUUUUUAGUAAUGUUGUAUUACUACGAUCGUUGUUUUAAUUCGGGACUAGUUUGUUUUGAGCGUAAUGAGAAAGUGAUGCGGCUCUCACAUGAUCGUUUUAGGCCAAUGAGGUACACGCAUUUAUUAAACAGAAAUCCAACAUGGCGGCGUACUCAGAGUCCGAAAAACCAGAGAUUAUGAUUUUAAUAGCUUAGAAACUUCUGAAUUAGUGAACAAAAAUGAUUUUUAUGGAAACAUGGAGCUGCAACACGCACAAAACAACAUCAUGUCCAUGCUGCUACUCUCCGAAUCCAAGCACUCACAGUGAGACGUUUGUGCUGUAGCUCGUGUCUUUGAUGAGAAGAGGAACAGACUUGCGUAACAAAGCAGCAGUAGUCCUACACAGAAACAUUUAAAAGGCGCUUGGCAUUGUUUUUAUUUGAGAACAUGUUUAAUUUUACAGUGCUUCUCAGCAGGACUUUCACUUAUAAGCUUAUUAUUAAUUAAUGUACACAUGAAUGGAGUAGAGUGAAACAUUUUAUUUUGAAGUUUAAUUUAUAUUGUGCAUUGUUAUGUGCCGAAUGAAUAUUUUAAUAGUUUUGUAAUUGAUUUAUUUCAGUGCCGUAAUUUUAGUUCAGUUAAUACAUCAUAGCUGUGGUUCUAAUGAUGAAAAUUAUUUGUUUCUGUGUUUUGGCCGAGAUGCUUCAUUUCGGUGCAUCCCGAGUAUUUUCCACCUUCUUAGCACCAACUCGUUCUAUUUUGGUACUGCAUAAAGCCGUCUUCAUCAUCACUGACACGGUUUGAUUACCAUUUAUAACGGUAUAAUGGUGAUUUUUAUUGUCACCAGCAGGUGUUUAUAGAUCAUGCAUUAAAGUCCUGUUUUAGUUGUGACCGGGGAUUAUGGAAGAAGAUUAA